AUGCCACACUGCGGACCGCGUCCCAAAAAACCCGUGAAUUCCUUCAUAAUGUGGAUAAAUUCCGCCGGGCGCACGUACAUAAGAGCCAUGCAUCCUGGGCAUGAGAUGUGGGCAGCCAUGGUCGAUGAGGAGAAGGUCGUGUGGCACGAGGCGGCACGCACGGCAAUGGCCAAUUACAAGAAGAAAUCUUGUGCUGGGCAGAUUGUAGGCUCCAGGGCCAGGUCCUAA